UUCGGUCUCGCGGCUCCAUUACUCCGCACGCAGAUGCUCGAAACGUUCCGGAGGUGAAAAUCCGGUUUUUAUUAAAUUAAUCAACGAGUGAAGAACCUGCAAUUCGUGAUGCUGUGAAAAGGCGAGACUGUUCACUUUCAAGUUUUCUGUGUUUGCAUCAACUUUUAUAUUAGGGCAGACACGACAAUGUUACGGGCCACGCUGGUGCUGAAUGCGAUUCUGCUGGCCUCCGGCCAGGGUCUGCAGGACAUGCUCAACGAAUUCGGGAGGAACUACGAAUAUGUCAGCAGGCAGGCGAGACUGUUGUACCCGGAACAUUUCCACAGUUAUCCGAGUAGUGGGGCCUUUUAUGAGGAGAAACCGGUGAUUGAAGGUGAAAAGUUCGACUUCAUAAUAGUAGGGUCCGGUUCGGCCGGGGUGGUUUUGGCCAAUCGCCUGUCGGAAGUACCGGAAUGGAACGUUUUGCUGCUGGAAGUCGGAGAAGAGGCAAGCAUCCUGACUGAUAUUCCAGCCGUAGCCCCCAUCUUCCAAAACACCAACUACAACUGGAACUACAGGAUGGAGAAACAACCCAACGUGUCACUAGGACUGAUAGACGAAAGAAUGCCGUGGCCUCGUGGCAGGGCCUUGGGUGGCACCACCAUUAUCAACUACAUGAUCCACGUGCGAGGUAACAAGCUGGACUACGAUCGUUGGGCCUUGGCAGGUAACCCUGGUUGGUCCUAUGAGGAAGUACUACCUUACUUUAAAAAGUCCGAGGACAGCACUGUGAGGUACCAAGACUCAGGUUACAGGAACAGGGGUGGGUACUUAUCUGUCACGGACGUGCCAUAUCGAACUGAGUCAGCCCGUGCCUUCGUACAGGGAGCCCAACAAGCCGGACACAAGUACGUGGACUACAACGGAGAUGACCAAUUGGGGGUGUCAUUCGUGCAAGCAACGAUGAAACGAGGCGUCAGAUGCAGCGGAGAAAAAGCCUUCCUCCGCCCAGUACGUCACAGACCCAACCUUAAGAUCCAUACAAGAGCUCGUGCGGUCAAAAUAUUAAUCGAUCCUGACACCAACACAGCCUACGGGGUGCAGUACGUCAAAAACAGGCAAUUACUCAACGCCUACGCCAAAAAGGAAGUUAUUUCUUCAGCUGGAGCCUUCAACUCCCCCCAGUUAUUGAUGCUGAGUGGCAUUGGUCCCAAGGAAGACUUGGAGGAGUUAGGAAUUAAAGUUCUGAGAGAUCUACCCGUUGGCAAGAAAAUGUAUGAUCACAUCACGUUCUUCGGACAAGUUUUCACUGUUAACGAAAGCAUAGUUAAUGACCAAAACUUAGCUUUCGACCCCAGCUCUUUGGUCAAAUUGGUGUUUAACGGUGAAGGCCCGUUGACGAGUCUUGGAGGUGUUGAAGCUUUGUUGUACACCAAAACCAACGUGUCCGAUGAUCCUAGUCCGUAUCCGGAUAUGGAGACGUUGUUUAUUGGAGGAAGUUUGUCUACUGAUAGAGGACACAUUAACAGGAGAGUGUUUGGAGUCACCGAUAAAAUUUAUAACACCUUAUUCAAGCCUCUGGAGGACAAAUACACUUGGAUGGGUAUCCCCAUGUUGGUGCACCCAAAAUCUUACGGUUAUUUGAAGCUGAAGUCCAGAAAUCCGUACCACUGGCCCAAACUGUAUGGCAACUACUUCACAGACCCAGAAAACAAGGACAUGAAGACGUUCAUAGCUGCAAUUCGUGAAGUACAAAGGAUAUCCGAGACUCCAGCCAUGCAAAGAUACAACUCCAGACUGGUCACCACAAAAAUCCCGGGCUGUGAAUCCCACACCUUCAACUCGGAUGCGUACUGGGAGUGCGCACUGCGCCACCUCGCCCCCACGCUCCACCACCAGGUGGCCACGUGCAAAAUGGGCCCGCCCGACGACCCGGAGGCCGUCGUGGACCACAAGUUGAAAGUCUACGGCGUGAAAAGGUUAAGGGUUGUGGACACCAGCAUCAUUCCGGCACCACCCACGGCCCACACGAACGUGCCCGCUUACAUGGUCGGUGAGAAGGCGGCGGACAUGAUCAAGGACGAGUGGAAGAGAAGUGCCAACAAGAUCCAGGGAAAGGAUAUCAGAAGGCAUUCGGAUAAAAAUUAAAUAACUUAAGUUUAAGAAACAAGACUGAUUAUACUUGCAUCGGGCACGUCUAGACAAAGAACAUCUAUACGUUUUAAUUGAUAAGAUGACUGUAUAAUAAUGCAAUUGUUGUUAUACGCUUCGGGAAUCGCGGGUGCAUGAAAAAAACUUGUUCAUAUUCAUGAAUUGUAAUGGGCAAUUUUGUUCUGUGAACAAAACAACAGCAAUAAACUAUCUCGAUUUGAUUA